AUGAAAAACAACCCUGACUUAGAGAAAGACUAUAUAUUUAAUAAUUUAGUCAAAAGAGACAAACAAGAAAGAAUGCCGGGCUUCAAACUUAAGAAAGGCGACAAAGUAAAAAUAGAAAUACCUAAACGCGACCCAUAUGAAAAUACUAUUGACUAUGACAACAAUGGGAACCCGACAGGUACUCACAUUCGUGUUCGUAAAAAUAGAAGAAAGUAUACAAGAGAAUAUUAUGAAGUUUUAGGCAAACAUGGCAAAAUGUACAGACUGCAAGCAGAAGAUAAAACUACUAUUGUCAGACCUCGUUUCAAACUUGUCAAAGUUCAAGGUGGUAUACUUUCAAAGACAGUUCCUAACAAAUAUAAGACAACUCCUGACGAAUAUGCUAAAGAAGUUGAAAAUGACGACUAA